UCCGUCCCUGGUCAUGAGUCACUUCGUUUAGAAUUAUUCAGUUUUAUUUUUAGUUUACAAAAACGGUGCAUGCGUUCAGAAUUUAAAUAAAUUUAAGUUAUUUAUCUCAUCGAAAUAUAAACAUAAAUUAUGCAGGACCCAAACGAAGACACCGAGUGGAAUGAUGUGCUGCGCGCCAAGGGAAUCAUUGGGCCCAAGGCAAAGGAGGCGGAGAUCACGGAGGAUCAGAUCCAGAAGCUGAUGGACGACGCCAUCCAGCGGCGCACAGAUCUGCCACUAAAUGAGGGCCAGCGGGACAAGCCGAUCGACGACAUGUCCCUGGACGAGCUCGACGAACUGGAGGACUCCGAGGACGAGGCUGUCCUGGAGCAAUAUCGCCAGCGACGCAUCGCCGAGAUGCGGGCCACCGCCGAAAAGGCGCGCUUCGGAUCGGUGCGCGAGAUCUCCGGACAGGACUACGUCAACGAAGUCACCAAGGCCGGCGAUGGCAUCUGGGUGGUCCUCCACCUGUACGCCAACGGAGUUCCGCUCUGCGCCCUGAUCCACCACCACAUGCAGCAGCUGGCCGUCCGCUUCCCGCAGACCAAGUUCCUGCGCUCCGUUGCCACCACCUGCAUACCGAACUUCCCCGACAAGAACCUGCCCACCAUCUUCGUCUACCACGAGGGAUCGAUGCGCAAGCAGUUCAUCGGUCCGCUGGAGCUGCGCGGCGACAAGCUGACCGCCGACGAGCUCGAGUUCAUGCUGGGACAAGCGGGCGCUGUGCCCACGGAGAUCACGGAGGAUCCGCGCCCGCAGAUCAGGGACAAGAUGCUGGCCGAUCUGGAGGACAAGAGUGCGGACUUCUACUAAGUAGUAGCCAAAUCAUAGCCCUCAUAUCACUUCCUUUGCUGUAGGGUGGGUCAAUAUUUUAAGAAUGAAUCAUGGGGGAAACUCCAAACUAAAUUCGGAUCUGUUGUGCUAAAUGUUUUAACUUUUAAGAUAAUUCAGAAACUAAAAUAACAAACAAUUAUGGCAAAUGAUUUAUCUUAAUCAAACUAAUUUCCAAGCUUAAAUGUUUUAUAGGUAGAAUGUAUGCCUAAUAACUAAAACAACAAAUUAGUGGAUCUAGUUUUAAACAAAAGAGUGUUCUUUCGGCGACCGUUUUUUGUUUAGCCCCCAAGAUUAGUCAUUUUUCUUUAUCCCCACAUAUUGACCCAGUUUAUCAUCAGGGAUUCCCCUUGCACAUGUUCAUUUCAUUGUUUUGUGGCAUUUAUGUACCCUCACAAAUAAAUCGUUUACUUUUCUACUGAAA